AUGCAACUGAAGGCGUGGUGGGGUGGGGCACGCUCACGCCGAUGGCUGCUGCCGCUGAUACCGGUGCUUCUGGUGCUCGUCACGCUGAUAUUCACGUGCGUGUUGUACUUCCCGGGCAUCACCCUCACCAUCGGCUGCGUGUCGCAGACGUUUUGCCUCCCGGAAGGCGCGGGGACUUUGGAGGCGUCUUCCACCGACAGCAAGUACGUGACCGCCUGCGAUGAAAUGGAGGCGGUGCUCUUUCCACCCGCGGCUGCUGGGGCGCAGAAGCCAACCGUGACACUGCAGCGUGACACAAUUGUCAUUUUUAUUGGCGAUAGCACUGCAAGGCAUGCAUUCUGGCGAACACUGAAUGACACUGAACGCUGUGCAGAGCCCUCUGCAGCGGAUCAGAUGCUCCGAGAGGCGCUCACCAGCUCUAUCCAUGAUGGCAUCUUCUUGAAGGACUACCACUGGCCAAUAUCGAAGGAGCGAGGAGUGGCGAGACUCCAUAUGGUUUAUCUGGUGAAACGUCACAUUCCGCGCCUACCAGAUCUGUUGCGUAGCGUCACGGGCAUCGUGGCACGCUUGAAUAGCGGCGUUUCGGCUGUUUCACCUCACAGAAGACGCGAGUCACACGUGUUGCUCUCGGUGCACAUGGGUGCAUGGGACGUGGUGCGACCAAACGCGGAGCUGGAUGGCCACAACUUCACCUAUAUCGACUGGCUGCAGCCGCCACCGCGACUCCCACUUCCACUGGAUCCCGCAUUGCGGCCGUUGCACGAACUGACGCAAGCACAAUUACUGGAGCGGUUUCGUGGCAUCUUGGCGGAUAAAGUCAUCGGGCUGCGUGAGGUAUUGACGACAAUGGCGCAGUCGAAUGCGCGGCGCCAGAGCAUGCUGACCUCGGCGACCACUGCAACGACUGCCCCUCUGUUUUUGCCGCAGGCUUACCGAAUUCUUUUCGUCUACCCUGUCCGGGUGAACUGCUCGGCGGAGCGGUUUUCACCGCGGCGCAAAAAUGAACACUACAGGCUAUUGAGUGGUGCCACGAGGUGCCGUCGUAUGCUACACCCUGCGUGGCGCGUCGUGCACGAUGUGCUUGAAGAUGAGGUGACGACUGCCAUGACGUCGUCUGCACAUGCAGCAAGCGGAGGCAUCGGCAUGAUACGAGCUCUGGACUCGGACAAGUUCCUCAUUAUAGAUCCGCAUGUCGUCAUAAAUGAGAAGGACGCAACGCGAAGGAAAUCAGGGUUUUGCACUCUUAGUGACGGUGUACACUUUGACGCCAACGCCACGGUGGGAUUAACCCACUGUGGCGCUGCACUGCAGAAGAAAUGGUGGGGGGCGAUGUCAGUUAGUUAA